CACGCUGGGCGGCAGGCACAUCGGGGAGUUCGCCCUCGCCUCGGGCGCGACGGUGCUGGACCUCAAGAGCCCGUUGCGCGGGCCGGCGGCCCCGACGUCGCGAAGCAGCGGCUGUUGUGCGGAACGGAGCUCCUCGACAGCCCGAGGUCCCCGGUCGCCGCGGGGCACCUGCUCCUGGUCGAGUCGCGCCGCCGCAACCUCGCGCUGGCCUCCCAGGGCGCGCGGCUGGGCGGGGAGCUGGGCAGGUGUUGCAGCCGCAAUUGUGGCGCAUCCUUCCGACCGAAUUUUGGCUGGCAGCAGGAACGGAAGUGCAACGUUUCGAGUUUCGAAGAGGUCAGUGCUCGCGGAGUAUAUUUUGUUACCGACAAACUUGGCUUCUCGUACGACUAUUUGGCGUCGACGCGCCUGCGGCUCCUGCGAGCCAAGAACGCCCCUGGACAGGAAGCAGCCGUUCGGCAUCUUAUCGCUCAUGAGCAACGGUGCUCUCGGGAGGGCGAGCUCUUGAGUCGCAUUUCGCUUCGUGACCACUUGCUUCACGCGCUGGAGGGAUUAUCCGUGGCCCGUCGGUCCCCGACGGACGUGAUACCCUUCGACGUGGAAUACCCUGCAGAAUUGCAAUGGAAUGUGAAGAAGGCUUUAACGUACCCCCCUGCCUGCGAGGUGCGCGCGCUGGGCUUCGCCGGACAUUUCGGUGUCCACCGUGAUCUUCAGGACGGCGUGGACGUCCCAGAGCCAGCCGCAGCGCGCGGUCGGAAGAGGAAAUUGGCAUACAGGGAGGACGAGAGGACUGCUUCGUGCGCCAACAAGGACAAGGCUCGCCCAGCGAUGCGUGGACACACUGCUGGGCGGCAGUUUGUUCUUGAUCCGCAAUCUCGGCUACUGUUGGGGGCCACUGAACAUUCCCACAGCGAGAAUAUGGCGGACAAGCUGCGUGUCGUCAAGGCGGUCAUGGGGCUGCCGAGCGUUCGCGCUGAUUUGCUGUUCCACGAUGACGCGUGCCAUUUUGAACAGCACGUGCAGAAGAACCACGCAGCGUUCUUCCGUAAUGUGACAUAUUUCCUGAUCGGUAAGUUUCACUUGAAGAACCACAAGUGCAGCAAGCGCAAGUGGACAAAGGCGGAGACGACGCGCGCGAAAG